UCUUAUUAACCACCAUGCGGCUACGACGGGAGGCAUCAACACCUCGCUUCUCGCUUCAGUAUUCUUAAACUCUCGUUUCAUACUUACCCAACGCCAAUGUCUUUGGACAUGCUUGCGCCACUUCACUAACACUUCGCUUCCGCAUCUUGAUGAACAAUCGCUAAGGAGGAACUUCCGAAAUUUAGAUUAUCGCAGCUUCGUUGACGUCAGAAGAAGGCAGAAGGUCAACACCAAUCUUUCGACGAUGAUGCUGGGCUAUCGAGCGGCCCGACAAAUUGGUCGGCUCGGGGCCCGAGGCGUAAACGCGACGGCGAGAUUUCAAUGCAGCAGGACACAGACCCAGUCAUUAUUUACCAGAACGUCACUCAAACCGUCGCCAACUUGGCAACGGAGAAAGAGCGCACUUGAUAACCCGAGACUUGUGGAUCGGAUUCUACCCGCGCGACUCGUGCUCACGCGCCAAUUAUCCGGAAGGCCGCUCCCACAGACAAGAUCAAGAUUUCUGAACUUCUGCUAUCGUGCCGCCGCGUGGUUCGGUGGCUCGGUAGUGAUCCUAGGUGUCGGGAUCGUCGGCUUCUUCCUCUAUGAUGCGUCGACAUACCGUUUGCACGCCAGUCAAACCGACAUUGCCGUCUCGGCUCUUGCGAUCAACCCCCGCCGCGGCGGGCCCAAGAACCUCCCGAUUCUGGAGAUUUUCCUUGACGACGAUGACAGCGAGGAAGCGCGCAGGCACAAGGAUAAACCCAGGCUAGUGAUUCUGGGCGGCGGCUGGGGCGGCGUCUCGCUGCUGAAGGAGCUUGCCCCGGAGAAUUACCAUGUCACCGUCAUUUCGCCCGCCAACUACUUCCUGUUCACGCCUAUGCUGCCGUCCGCGACGGUUGGGACACUCGGGCUGAGGUCGCUGGUGGAACCCAUCCGGAGAAUCAUACACGGCGUGGGCGGCCACUAUCUCCGCGCCCGCGCUGAGGACGUCGACUUCUCUUCUCGGCUGAUUGAGGUCUCGCAGACAGACUGCAACGGCAACGAACAGAGGUUCUAUGUUCCCUACGAUAAGCUAGUGAUUGCGGUGGGCUCCGUCACCAAUCCGCAUGGCGUGAAGGGCCUGGAGAACUGCCAUUUUCUCAAGGACAUCAACGACGCGCGGGAUAUCCGGAACAAGAUCAUCCAGAACCUUGAGCUUGCCUGCCUCCCGACGACAACGGACGACGAGCGGAAGCGGCUACUGUCAUUUGUCGUGAGCGGUGGUGGGCCGACCGGGGUCGAGUUCGCGGCCGAGCUCUUCGAUCUACUCAACGAGGACCUGAUCGAGCUCUUCCCAAAGCUCCUGCGCAACGAGAUCUCGGUGCACCUCAUCCAGAGCCGCGACCACAUUCUAAAUACGUACGACGAGACGCUUUCCAAGUACGCCGAGGACCGCUUCGCGCGCGACCAGGUCGAAGUCCUGACCAACUCGCGCGUGAGCGAAGUCCGGCCCGACUCCAUUAUCUUCACCCAGAAGGGCGAAGGCGGGAAGAUCAUCACCAAGGAGCUGCCUAUGGGCUUCUGCUUGUGGUCCACAGGCGUCUCGCAAAACGAGUUCUGCAAGACCAUCGCCAAGAAGCUCGGUCCUUCCCAAACCAACCGCCACGCGCUUGAGACGGACACGCACCUCCGCCUCAACGGCACACCGUUAGGUGACGUAUACGCCAUAGGCGACUGUGCGACCGUGCAAAACAACGUGGCCGACCACAUCGUCAGCUUCCUGCGCAGUCUGGCUUGGAAGCACGGCUCGGACCCAGAGAACCUGCAGCUGCGCUUCGAUGACUGGCGCAGCGUCGCCGAGCAGGUAAAGAAGCGCUUCCCGCAAGCCUCGGCCCACCUCAAGCGCCUCGACAAGCUCUUCGCCGAGUACGACCGCGACCAUUCGGGGACGCUGAACUUCAGUGAGCUGCGCGAGCUGCUCAAGCAGAUCGACAGCAAGCUGACCAGCCUGCCGGCGACGGCGCAGCGCGCCCAUCAGCAGGGGCAGUACCUGGCGCACAAGUUCAACAAGCUCGCGCGGGCCACGCCGGGCCUGAAGGCGAACGACAUCCAGGAGGGCGACCUGGACGCCGCCGUGUACAAGGCUUUCGAGUAUAAGCACCUCGGGAGCCUGGCGUACGUUGGCAACUCGGCCGUGUUCGAUCUCGGCCAGGGCAGGGGUUGGCCGGCGGGCUGUGGGCCGUGUACGCGUGGAGGAGUAUCUACUUUGCGCAGAGCGUGAGCUUCCGGACGAGGGUGCUAAUGGCAAUGGAUUGGGCGAAGAGGGGUUUGUUUGGGAGAGAUCUCAUGAGCUACUAGGAGCAAGAUCUGAUGAGAUACCAGGACGAUUGACCGCCAGGGGUGUUCGAUUGAUAGGUGCGUUGAUUUAUUAUAGAUCUAAUGAAGCCUAGGCGCUGUCUGUUAAAUGGAUAGACUGUGACCCAGGAUACGGUCCCCGCCAUAC